CGGCGAGUGACCGUCAUAAAUCGGAGCUCAUUAGCAUAGACGGGUUAAUUAGCAUAAACGUCACAACUGGCCUCUGCAUCAGGUGCCCCGCUGACCCGCCCAGGCCCCGCCCCCAACGCCAUGGUCCCGCCCCUCCUCCUCCUCCUGCUGCUCCUCCCACUCGCCCUCCUCGGCCCCGCCCACCCCAGACCCAACUUCCUGCUCAUCAUGGCCGACGACCUCGGCAUCGGGGACCCCGGCUGCUACGGCAACCGCACGCUCAGGACCCCGAACAUCGACCGCCUGGCCCGCGAGGGGGCGACGCUGACGCAGCACCUGGCGGCCGCCCCGCUCUGCACCCCCAGCCGCGCCGCCUUCCUGACCGGGCGCUACCCCGUGCGCUCAGGGAUGGCGUCGCGGAACCGCGUGGGCGUCUUCCUGUUCUCCGCGUCGUCCGGGGGCCUCCCGCCCGGCGAGGUCACGUUCGCGCGGCUGCUGAAGGGGCGGGGCUACGCCACCGCGUUCGUAGGCAAGUGGCACCUGGGCCUGAGCUGCCGCUCGCGCUCCGACUUCUGCCACCACCCGCUGCGCCACGGCUUCGACCGCUUCCUGGGGACGCCGACCACCAACCUGCGCGACUGCCGGCCGGGGGGCGGGACCGUGUUCGGCCCCGCCCUGCGCGCCCUCGUGUGGGCCCCGCUCGGGGCGCUGGGGGCGGGGCUGGCCGCGCUGUGGGCGGCGCGGGGGGCGGGGCUGCGGGUGCCGGGGUGGGCGCUGUGGGCGCUGGCGGCCAUGAUGGGCGCGGUGGGCGGCGGCUUCCUGUGCUUCCGCCAUUACUUCCACCCGGCCAACUGCUUCCUCAUGGCCGACCUGGACGUGGCCCAGCAGCCCACGGACUACGCGCGGCUCACGGCCCGGCUGGCGGGCGCCGCCGAGGACUUCCUGCGCGGGCACGCGGCCACGCCCUUCCUGCUGGUCCUGUCCUUCCUGCACGUCCACACCGCCCACUUCGCAGGCCCCGCCUUCCGGGGGCGGAGCCAGCACGGGGCCUACGGCGACAGCGUGGAGGAGAUGGACUGGGCCGUGGGCCGCGUCCUCACCGUCCUGGACGAGCUCGGCCUCGCGAACGACACCUUCGUCUACUUCUCGUCCGACCACGGGGCCCACGUGGAGGAGGUCGGGGCCGGCGGGGAGCGGCACGGGGGCAGCAACGGGGCCUUCCGCGGCGGCAAAGGCAACAACUGGGAGGGCGGCGUCCGCGUCCCCGGCCUCGUGCGCUGGCCCCGCGCCGUCCCCCGCGGCCUGGAGGUCGCCGACCCCACGAGCAACAUGGACGUCUUCCCCACCGUGGCCCGGCUGGCGGGGGCGGAGCUGCCGGGGGACAGGGUGAUUGACGGCCGGGACCUGACGCCGCUGCUCACGGGGCUCACGCGACGCUCGGACCACGACUUCCUGUUCCACUACUGCAACGCCUUCCUGCAGGCCGUGCGCUGGAGAGACGGCCCGCACGUGUGGAAGGCCUUCUUCUUCACGCCCGUCUUCGAGCCCCCGGGCGCCAACGGCUGCCACGCGGCCCACGUGUGUCCCUGCCACGGCCCCGGCGUCGCCCGCCACGACCCCCCCCUGCUGUUCGACGUCGCCCGCGACCCCGGCGAGGCCCGACCCCUGACCCCCGACGCCGAGCCGCGCCACGCCCGGGUCCUGGCCGUCAUGGCCGCCGCCGCCCGCGCCCACGCCGCCGGGGUCGACCCCGCCCCCGACCAGCUGUCGGCCGCCAACCUGGUGUGGAAGCCGUGGCUGCAGCUGUGCUGCGUGAGCCGGCCACACCCCCUGGCCUGCCACUGCGCGGGCGACGCCCACUGACGCCGGCCACGCCCACUUCCUGUCUGCCGGGCCGGACACGCCCACUUCCUGUCUGCAUGGCCGGACACGCCCACUUCCUGUCUGGGUUGUGGAAGGUGUCCACUUCCUGUUCAUUUCGCACCCACUUCCUGUUGUGGACACGCCCACUUCCUGUCUGUUUCACAUUCACUUCCUGUCUGUUUCACAUUCACUUCCUGUCUGUUUUGAACCCACUUCCUGUUUCUAGUCAACUUCCUGUCUCGAGCCUGAUUCACACCCACUUCCUGUCUGUGCCACACCCACUUCCUGUUUUAAAACCCACUUCCUGUUUCGACCCCACUUCCUGUCACCACUCAGUGUUACGACUCAAUAAAGUCUGACUCCGCCCA